GCAAACAUGAAACUGCAGCGACAACUACUGUUCCUGACGUGUACCAUUCUCUUUACCCUCCCCGCCGUCGUUCACGCUGCUAAGAAAAAAGAAGACCUCUUUGAAAAACUCAUCAAAAACGUUGAUGAUAAAACAUACUGGAGAAAAGAUAAUCCUGACAAAAACGCUUCUUUGAUCAAUGUGAACGCAACCUGCAUCUCGAUGGAGAUGGUGCAGUCUCCUAAACCGGAAGAAGGUUGGCCACUUCAUAUCUUCUUGGAGUUUAAAAACUCCUCGGGAGGAUUAGAACAAUAUGAUGUAGGAGUGAAGAAACCCACUGGGAAACCGAAAAACACAAUAAACAUGACUUUUCUUGCCGGCGGACUUUACACGGAGUACACAGGUCCAGGGGAGUCUUCAGAUCCAGAAGUAAUGAAGAAACUGGAGAAAGAAUUCUACGAAGAGUCGAUGAAGGGAAAGUUGGUGAACAGGACUGUGGAAUAUACAAUUCGGAGUACAAACAGCACUCUCAGCAUUCUAAAGAAAAAGAAAAAAGGAGAUGAAGGGUGUUCAUACUGGCUUCUGUACUCGACCAAGGACGAACACAGUGAGAAGUGGACUCUGCCACCAGGCGAAGACUGCCAAAUAGAGGUGCACACCACACAAAAACCCCACGACUGCUCGGCAAGAAAAGACUGAGGGGACGCAGAACCAGAAGCCACAAGGCAUAAACUUAAGAACACCUGCAGAAGCAAGAGCGGUGUUUAUGCUGGGA